ACAAAGGUGCUUAUUAAAGGAAAGGUACCUGUUGAUCCCCAGUGCACUGCUAAAGUCGAUUCAGCGCACGUCCUACAAAUCGAUGAUGAUGUUUACCAUUUCAUGCUUAACCAGACAAACCUUCAACAUAAUAACAACAAGUAUUAUGUGGGCCAAGUUCUACGAGACGAUUUCGGUGGUGGCUAUGCGGUAUGGUUUCGUUGGGGACGUGUUGGCAAGACAGCACAAACGUCACUGCAGCAAGUUUUCGCGCAAGAUAGGGCGAUCGCACUUUUCAAGUCAAAGUUUCGCUCAAAAACUGGUAAUUUAUGGGAGAAUAGACACAAUUUUACCAAAGUCAGUGGUCUCUAUGAUCUGAUUGAGCAAGAUUUUGGGGUAAGUUUGAGGUCUGGUUUCCGUUCCUACCUCUUCGAGGAUGAUACCAAUGAUAAUGACACAAAAGAGGAAGCGCCCAAGAAGCAGGUUGAAUCCCUACUACCUCCCGAAGUUUUUGCCCUGAUUGCGCUUAUUAGUGACGUGCGGGACAUGGAGAGGCAGAUGCGUGAAAUGAAUUACGACGCUCGUCGUGCACCCUUAGGGAAGUUGACUCAGUCCCAAAUAAAAGCAGGCUACCAGGCGCUAAAUGACGUCUCGGACUGCUUAGAGGAACUGAAGAAACUGACGGCGACUGAUUCGACGACCACAACAGGAAAGAAAACAAGGAACGUCAAACGGAAGUCAUCAGAUGCUUCACUGAAGCGCGCUAUUCAAGACCGCCUGCUUCAGGCAUGCAACAACUUCUACACCCGGAUUCCGCACGACUUUGGAAUGCGUGUCCCACCGUUGAUAGACACACCUGACGCCCUAAAGACGGAGCUGGAUCUUCUCAAGGCUUUGGAAGAUAUUGAAGUUGCCUUCAGCAUAAUCGAAAUGGACAAAAAUAUCACGGAUCUCCAUCCUGCAGACAGGAAUUAUAAUAAUCUUCACUGUGACAUCAAACCAAUCAAGGCUGGAGCUAAAAUGGAAAGGAUAAUCAAGGACUACAUUCGCAUGACUCACGCCCCGACACACGAUUCCUACGAGCUCGAAGUGCUGCAGACAUUCGAAUUAUGCAAAAGCGGCGAGACUGAAGUUUUCAAAGACUAUGGUAGAAGAUGGCUACUGUGGCACGGAAGUCGUAUGUCAAAUUGGAUGGGAAUUCUCGGUCGUGGCCUGAAGAUAGCCCCUCCUGAAGCCCCGUCUACGGGCUACAUGUUUGGCAAAGGCGUCUACUUCGCCGACUGUGCAUCUAAGUCGGCUAACUACACACACGUCACGUCCAGUAAUGACAUCGGCAUAAUGGCCCUCUGUGAAGUUUCGCUAGGAGAAUGCAAUGAGCUUUUGAAUGCGGACUACAACGCCAACAACCUGCCGUCUGGAAAACACAGUGUCAAGGGCCUCGGUAGUCACAUGACGGAUCCCUCCACGUGGAUUACCUUGGAUGAUGGAGUGGUCGUGCCAUCUGGAAAAAUAAUCGCCUCGAACGUUAAGGAUGCUUGCCUUUUCUACAAUGAGUAUAUUGUCUACGAUAUACGCCAAAUCCGCCUUCGAUAUCUUGUCCAACUAAAGUUCCACUACAAGUAUUAA